CUGGAUGCUCGCUCGCCGAUGGCACUCCGUGUUGCCAUCGACGUGGGCUUCGACGACCUGAUGUCCGACGGCGAGCGCAAGUCGCUGGCGAGCCAGUGCGGUCUCUGCCACAGUAUCGCAUCCCAGGCUGAGCACCGGCCACACGUCGCACUCGCGGUCUGCUGCGGCACGGGGGGCGGGGAGCGUUCGCUCUCGCUGCUGCGCGCCGCGGGGCUCGAGCAGUGGCAGCCGCUCUCCUGGCAGGGCGGUUCCUCCGCGUCCUUGCUCUCGAUGCCGGGCACGAGUGUUGACGAUCUCGUCUACCUGAGCCCCGACGCGCCCGACGUGCUGUCCGAGCUCACGCCCUCCGCAGUCUACGUCAUCGGAGGCCUCGUCGACCGGCACAAGGUUCGCGGGGCGUCACGUGAGCGCGCCGCCGCUCUCGGAAUCCGUUGCGCUCGCUUACCCUUG